ACUCUCCACUCCAAUUCACAGCACCGAUAUCAGAGGAACUGGAGGAGCACCUUUUCUCAGCUACAGGCAUCGGAAAAGAAAUAAAAACUGAAGACGCCGAUACCUAUUUUCUGAACAAAAAUCAAAAUUAAAGGAAAAUAAGUAAAUCAAAAGCCACAAUGGAACAAAAUGAACAAAAGCAAAAUGAAGACAGUGGAUUCACUAUUCAAGGUCUUCGCAAAUCAGUAUCAGCCAAUGUUCUCCUUCAGGCAGGCAUUAUUGACAAUCAGAUCAUGGAAAAAUUGAACAAGGGCAAACUUACAGUGGAGGAUCUUUCACGAAACCAUGAGAUCAAUAAGUUUCUGGACAGUGCUUGCUGCAUUUCUGGUAUAUUUAAAUCAAAGAAGGAGAAGAUGAGCAUUUACCAAGCAAUGAAAAAGAAGGUGCUUACAGAAGACAAUGCUGUGAAUUUACUUGAAGCCCAAGCAGCUACUGGAUUCAUGAUAGAGCCAAUACACAACAAGAGGUAUACAGUUCAACAAGCAGUAGACGAGGGGGUCCUGGGUCAAGAGCUACAACAAAAGAUGCUGGAUGCAGAAAAAGCAGUAACAGGAUACACUGACCCAAACACUGGAAAUACAAUAACCCUUUUUCAAGCAAUGAAACUAGGAUUAGUCAAUAAGGACUUUGGUUUACGAUUACUAGAAACUCAGCUAGCUACAGGAGGUAUAAUUGACCCAAUGAACAGCAUUCGAAUUCCUGUAAAGAUGGCAUGGAAAAAGGGUUAUUUUAGCGAACAACUGAACAAAGAUCUGUCCGAAAAUGGUAAAGACUGCAAUGGAUAUCAUGACCCCCAAACAAAGAAAAAAACAUCAUACAGACAACUUUUAAAACAAUGUGUUAAAGACGAAGAAACAGGACUUUACCUACUCCCCAUUCAUAUCAGCUUCAGAGGGCUAAGACGUCAGGUCACAGCAGAUGAGCUACUAUCUUCCUCAAUAAUUACAAAAGAUUUAUACGAACAACUCCGUGAGGGUAAAACAAAUGUUGAAGAAGUAUCUGGUCUUAAAUCGGUACAAAACUAUCUUGAAGGAACAAGCCCAAUAGCAGGAGUCUACAUAGAAAGUUCCAACAUGAAAAUGAAUAUUUACCAAGCCAAGCAAAAAGGUUUAAUAAUGCCAGGAACAAGUUUGGUUUUACUAGAAGCCCAAAUGGCAACUGGAUUCCUAAUUGAUGUAGUUCAAAAUACAAAGCACACAGUAGAAGAAGCAAUAAACAAAGGUCUAGUGGGAUUAGACAUGAAAACCAAACUUAUAAAAGCUGAGAAAGCAGUCACAGGAUAUAACGAUCCUUACACGGGUGAAAAAAUCUCACUUUUUCAAGCACUAAAAAAGGGCCUAAUAGUAAAAGAGCAUGGCAUUCGCUUACUAGAAGCACAGAUUGCCACAGGGGGCAUUAUUGAUCCAGUAAAUAGUCACCGUGUCCCAGUGGAAGUGGCCUAUCAAAAAGGCUACUUUGAUGAAGAAAUGAACAGAAUACUCUCAGAUCCCACUGAUGACACCAAAGGUUUUUUUGAUCCAAACACCAAAGAAAACCUGACAUACCUGCAACUACUAGAAAGGUGCAGAAAGGAUAAUGAAACUGGCCUGUAUUUGCUAAAUCUCACAAAAAAAGGAGAGGAGUAUUUUUAUUUUGACGAAAACAGUAAAAGUAUUCUAAAGUCAAUAACAACAAAAGCACCAGGCCGCUACAAUGGACAAGAAGUAAACAUCUGGGAAUUACUGUAUUCAGAAUACAUUACAGAGGAAAAGAGAAGAGAGUUAAUGAAAAAUCUUAAAAAUAACUUGUGCACAAUAGAAGACAUUCAAAACAUUGUGAUCACUAUCAUUCACAACACAUCAACAAACACAUCACAACAAGACAAGCAAAUCAAGACUAACAAUGAAACAGAAGGAGACAAGUAUCACCAAUUUGACGAAAACACAACAAGUCUCCUAAAGGCCACUACCACCAACAAAGCAGGUGGCAAGUACCAAGGAAAGACUGUGAGUGUCUGGGAGUUGCUCCACUCUGAAUACAUCACUGAGGAGAAAAGGAGAGAGCUGAUGCAAAAGCUGAAGCAGAAAACUUUGACCAUUGACAAUCUCCUGCAGAUCCUCAUCUCCACCAUUCAAGAGAAGACCGUGACCACUACCAUAACCUCUACCACCAUCGCCACUAUCAGCAGCACCCCUACCACCACAGAAACCACAGUCAAAGGAGCUUUCCAAGGCCUAAGAGCACAGGUCUCUCCUGCGGAACUGCUAAGCUCAAAAAUCAUUGACGAAGAAACAUUUGAUAAGAUUGAUCAGGGCAUAGUGACAGUUGAAGCAGUCAGUCAGCAGGAUUCUGUGAAGAGGUACCUGCAGGGGACAGACAGCAUUGCAGGAGUUUUCAUCCCAUCUACUAAAGAAAAGAUGAGCAUUUAUCAAGCAAAAAAAGGGAUUCUGAGACCUGGAACCGCUCUAGUCCUGCUGGAAGCGCAAGCAGCCACGGGCUUCGUCAUUGACCCUGUAAAGAACACAAAACUGUCGGUCGAGGAAGCUGUGGCUGCAGGACUGGUUGGAAGAGAGCUGAAAGACAAGCUCCUAUCAGCAGAAAGAGCCGUCACUGGAUACACUGACCCCUACACUGGAGGCACAAUCUCCCUCUUCCAGUCUCUGAAGAAGGACCUGAUUGUCAAAGACCACGGAAUACGCCUGCUUGAAGCAUACUGCUUGAAGCGCAGAUUGCCACUGGGGUAUCAUCGAUCGGUGCACAGCCAUCGAGUGCCGGUAGAGGUGGCUUACCAGCGAGGUUACUUUGAUGAGGAAAUGAGUGAGAUUCUCUCAGAUCCCAGUGACGACACCAAAGGCUUCUUUGACCCUAACACCCAUGAAAACCUUACAUACCUGCAACUGCUGGAGAGAUGCACCAAAGACCCUGACACGGGACUGUGCCUGCUAAACCUUGUCAAGAAAGGUGAAGGAUAUGUUCAAACUGAUGAACAAACAACUAGCCUCCUAAAGUCCACCACCACCGACAAAGCAGGUGGCAAGUACCAAGGAAAGACUGUGAGUGUCUGGGAGUUGCUCCACUCUGAAUACAUCACUGAGGAGAAAAGGAGAGAGCUGGUGCAAAAGCUGAAGCAGAAAACCUUGACCAUUGACAAUCUCCUGCAGAUCCUCAUCUCCACCAUUCAAGAGAAGACCGUGACCACUACCAUAACCUCUACCACCAUCGCCACUAUCAGCAGCACCCCUACCACCACAGAAACCACAGUCAAAGGAGCUUUCCAAGGCCUAAGAGCACAGGUCUCUCCUGCGGAACUGCUAAGCUCAAAAAUCAUUGACGAAGAAACAUUUGAUAAGAUUGAUCAGGGCAUAGUGACAGUUGAAGCAGUCAGUCAGCAGGAUUCUGUGAAGAGGUACCUGCAGGGGACAGACAGCAUUGCAGGAGUUUUCAUCCCAUUUACUAAAGAAAAGAUGAGCAUUUAUCAAGCAAUGAAAAAGGGGAUUCUGAGACCUGGAACCGCUCUAGUCCUGCUGGAAGCGCAAGCAGCCACGGGCUUCGUCAUUGACCCUGUAAAGAACACAAAACUGUCGGUCGAGGAAGCUGUGGCUGCAGGACUGGUUGGAAGAGAGCUGAAAGACAAGCUCCUAUCAGCAGAAAGAGCCGUCACUGGAUACACUGACCCCUACACUGGAGGCACAAUCUCCCUCUUCCAGUCUCUGAAGAAGGACCUGAUUGUCAAAGACCACGGAAUACGCCUGCUUGAAGCGCAGAUUGCCACUGGGGGUAUCAUCGAUCCGGUGCACAGCCAUCGAGUGCCGGUAGAGGUGGCUUACCAGCGAGGUUACUUUGAUGAGGAAAUGAGUGAGAUUCUCUCAGAUCCCAGUGACGACACCAAAGGCUUCUUUGACCCUAACACCCAUGAAAACCUUACAUACCUGCAACUGCUGGAGAGAUGCACCAAAGACCCUGACACGGGACUGUGCCUGCUAAACCUUGUCAAGAAAGGUGAAGGAUAUGUUCAAACUGAUGAACAAACAACUAGCCUCCUAAAGUCCACCACCACCGACAAAGCAGGUGGCAAGUACCAAGGAAAGACUGUGAGUGUCUGGGAGUUGCUCCACUCUGAAUACAUCACUGAGGAGAAAAGGAGAGAGCUGGUGCAAAAGCUGAAGCAGAAAACCUUGACCAUUGACAAUCUCCUGCAGAUCCUCAUCUCCACCAUUCAAGAGAAGACCGUGACCACUACCAUAACCUCUACCACCAUCGCCACUAUCAGCAGCACCCCUACCACCACAGAAACCACAGUCAAAGGAGCUUUCCAAGGCCUAAGAGCACAGGUCUCUCUCCCGGAACUGCUAAGCUCAAAAAUCAUUGACGAAGAAACAUUUGAAAAGAUUGAUCAGGGCAUAGUGACAGUUGAAGCAGUCAGUCAGCAGGAUUCUGUGAAGAGGUACCUGCAGGGGACAGACAGCAUUGCAGGAGUUUUCAUCCCAUUUACUAAAGAAAAGAUGAGCAUUUAUCAAGCAAUGAAAAAGGGGAUUCUGAGACCUGGAACCGCUCUAGUCCUGCUGGCGCAAGCAGCCACGGGCUUCGUCAUUGACCCUGUAAAGAACACAAAACUGUCGGUCGAGGAAGCUGUGGCUGCAGGACUGGUUGGAAGAGAGCUGAAAGACAAGCUCCUAUCAGCAGAAAGAGCCGUCACUGGAUACACUGACCCCUACACUGGAGGCACAAUCUCCCUCUUCCAGUCUCUGAAGAAGGACCUGAUUGUCAAAGACCACGGAAUACGCCUGCUUGAAGCGCAGAUUGCCACUGGGGGUAUCAUCGAUCCGGUGCACAGCCAUCGAGUGCCGGUGGAGGUGGCUUACCAGCGAGGUUACUUUGAUGAGGAAAUGAGUGAGAUUCUCUCAGAUCCCAGUGACGACACCAAAGGCUUCUUUGACCCUAACACCCAUGAAAACCUUACAUACCUGCAACUGCUGGAGAGAUGCACCAAAGACCCUGACACGGGACUGUGCCUGCUAAACCUUGUCAAGAAAGGUGAAGGAUAUGUUCAAACUGAUGAACAAACAACUAGCCUCCUAAAGUCCACCACCACCGACAAAGCAGGUGGCAAGUACCAAGGAAAGACUGUGAGUGUCUGGGAGUUGCUCCACUCUGAAUACAUCACUGAGGAGAAAAGGAGAGAGCUGAUGCAAAAGCUGAAGCAGAAAACUUUGACCAUUGACAAUCUCCUGCAGAUCCUCAUCUCCACCAUUCAAGAGAAGACCGUGACCACUACCAUAACCUCUACCACCAUCGCCACUAUCAGCAGCACCCCUACCACCACAGAAACCACAGUCAAAGGAGCUUUCCAAGGCUUAAGAGCACAGGUCUCUCCUGGGAACUGCUAAGCUCAAAAAUCAUUGACGAAGAAACAUUUAAAGAUUGAUCAGGGCAUAGUGACAGUUGAAGCAGUCAGUCAGCAGGAUUCUGUGAAGAGGUACCUGCAGGGGACAGACAGCAUUGCAGGAGUUUUCAUCCCAUCUACUAAAGAAAAGAUGAGCAUUUAUCAAGCAAUGAAAAGGAUUCUGAGACCUGGAACCGCUCUAGUCCUGCUGGAAGCGCAAGCAGCCACGGGCUUCGUCAUUGACCCUGUAAAGAACACAAAACUGUCGGUCGAGGAAGCUGUGGCUGCAGGACUGGUUGGAAGAGAGCUGAAAGACAAGCUCCUAUCAGCAGAAAGAGCCGUCACUGGAUACACUGACCCCUACACUGGAGGCACAAUCUCCCUCUUCCAGUCUCUGAAGAAGGACCUGAUUGUCAAAGACCACGGAAUACGCCUGCUUGAAGCGCAGAUUGCCACUGGGGGUAUCAUCGAUCCGGUGCACAGCCAUCGAGUGCCGGUGGAGGUGGCUUACCAGCGAGGUUACUUUGAUGAGGAAAUGAGUGAGAUUCUCUCAGAUCCCAGUGACGACACCAAAGGCUUCUUUGACCCUAACACCCAUGAAAACCUUACAUACCUGCAACUGCUGGAGAGAUGCACCAAAGACCCUGACACGGGACUGUGCCUGCUAAACCUUGUCAAGAAAGGUGAAGGAUAUGUUCAAACUGAUGAACAAACAACUAGCCUCCUAAAGUCCACCACCACCGACAAAGCAGGUGGCAAGUACCAAGGAAAGACUGUGAGUGUCUGGGAGUUGCUCCACUCUGAAUACAUCACUGAGGAGAAAAGGAGAGAGCUGAUGCAAAAGCUGAAGCAGAAAACUUUGACCAUUGACAAUCUCCUGCAGAUCCUCAUCUCCACCAUUCAAGAGAAGACCAAACCACAGUCAAAGGAGCUUUCCAAGGCUUAAGAGCACAGGUCUCUCCUGGAACUGCUAAGCUCAAAAAUCAUUGACGAAGAAACAUUUGAUAAGAUUGAUCAGGGCAUAGUGACAGUUGAAGCAGUCAGUCAGCAGGAUUCUGUGAAGAGGUACCUGCAGGGGACAGACAGCAUUGCAGGAGUUUUCAUCCCAUCUACUAAAGAAAAGAUGAGCAUUUAUCAAGAUGAAAAGGGGAUUCUGAGACCUGGAACCGCUCUAGUCCUGCUGGAAGCGCAAGCAGCCACGGGCUUCGUCAUUGACCCUGUAAAGAACACAAAACUGUCGGUCGAGGAAGCUGUGGCUGCAGGACUGGUUGGAAGAGAGCUGAAAGACAAGCUCCUAUCAGCAGAAAGAGCCGUCACUGGAUACACUGACCCCUACACUGGAGGCACAAUCUCCCUCUUCCAGUCUCUGAAGAAGGACCUGAUUGUCAAAGACCACGGAAUACGCCUGCUUGAAGCGCAGAUUGCCACUGGGGGUAUCAUCGAUCCGGUGCACAGCCAUCGAGUGCCGGUAGAGGUGGCUUACCAGCGAGGUUACUUUGAUGAGGAAAUGAGUGAGAUUCUCUCAGAUCCCAGUGACGACACCAAAGGCUUCUUUGACCCUAACACCCAUGAAAACCUUACAUACCUGCAACUGCUGGAGAGAUGCACCAAAGACCCUGACACGGGACUGUGCCUGCUAAACCUUGUCAAGAAAGGUGAAGGAUAUGUUCAAACUGAUGAACAAACAACUAGCCUCCUAAAGUCCACCACCACCGACAAAGCAGGUGGCAAGUACCAAGGAAAGACUGUGAGUGUCUGGGAGUUGCUCCACUCUGAAUACAUCACUGAGGAGAAAAGGAGAGAGCUGAUGCAAAAGCUGAAGCAGAAAACUUUGACCAUUGACAAUCUCCUGCAGAUCCUCAUCUCCACCAUUCAAGAGAAGACCAAACCACAGUCAAAGGAGCUUUCCAAGGCUUAAGAGCACAGGUCUCUCCUGGAACUGCUAAGCUCAAAAAUCAUUGACGAAGAAACAUUUGAUAAGAUUGAUCAGGGCAUAGUGACAGUUGAAGCAGUCAGUCAGCAGGAUUCUGUGAAGAGGUACCUGCAGGGGACAGACAGCAUUGCAGGAGUUUUCAUCCCAUCUACUAAAGAAAAGAUGAGCAUUUAUCAAGCAAAAAAGGGGAUUCUGAGACCUGGAACCGCUCUAGUCCUGCUGGCGCAAGCAGCCACGGGCUUCGUCAUUGACCCUGUAAAGAACACAAAACUGUCGGUCGAGGAAGCUGUGGCUGCAGGACUGGUUGGAAGAGAGCUGAAAGACAAGCUCCUAUCAGCAGAAAGAGCCGUCACUGGAUACACUGACCCCUACACUGGAGGCACAAUCCUCUUCCAGUCUCUGAAGAAGGACCUGAUUGUCAAAGACCACGGAAUACGCCUGCUUGAAGCGCAGAUUGCCACUGGGGGUAUCAUCGAUCCGGUGCACAGCCAUCGAGUGCCGGUAGAGGUGGCUUACCAGCGAGGUUACUUUGAUGAGGAAAUGAGUGAGAUUCUCUCAGAUCCCAGUGACGACACCAAAGGCUUCUUUGACCCUAACACCCAUGAAAACCUUACAUACCUGCAACUGCUGGAGAGAUGCACCAAAGACCCUGACACGGGACUGUGCCUGCUAAACCUUGUCAAGAAAGGUGAAGGAUAUGUUCAAACUGAUGAACAAACAACUAGCCUCCUAAAGUCCACCACCACCGACAAAGCAGGUGGCAAGUACCAAGGAAAGACUGUGAGUGUCUGGGAGUUGCUCCACUCUGAAUACAUCACUGAGGAGAAAAGGAGAGAGCUGAUGCAAAAGCUGAAGCAGAAAACUUUGACCAUUGACAAUCUCCUGCAGAUCCUCAUCUCCACCAUUCAAGAGAAGACCGUGACCACUACCAUAACCUCUACCACCAUCGCCACUAUCAGCAGCACCCCUACCACCACAGAAACCACAGUCAAAGGAGCUUUCCAAGGCUUAAGAGCACAGGUCUCUCCUGAGGAACUGCUAAGCUCAAAAAUCAUUGACGAAGAAACAUUUGAUAAGAUUGAUCAGGGCAUAGUGACAGUUGAAGCAGUCAGUCAGCAGGAUUCUGUGAAGAGGUACCUGCAGGGGACAGACAGCAUUGCAGGAGUUUUCAUCCCAUCUACUAAAGAAAAGAUGAGCAUUUAUCAAGCAAUGAAAAAGGGGAUUCUGAGACCUGGAACCGCUCUAGUCCUGCUGGCGCAAGCAGCCACGGGCUUCGUCAUUGACCCUGUAAAGAACACAAAACUGUCGGUCGAGGAAGCUGUGGCUGCAGGACUGGUUGGAAGAGAGCUGAAAGACAAGCUCCUAUCAGCAGAAAGAGCCGUCACUGGAUACACUGACCCCUACACUGGAGGCACAAUCCUCUUCCAGUCUCUGAAGAAGGACCUGAUUGUCAAAGACCACGGAAUACGCCUGCUUGAAGCGCAGAUUGCCACUGGGGGUAUCAUCGAUCCGGUGCACAGCCAUCGAGUGCCGGUAGAGGUGGCUUACCAGCGAGGUUACUUUGAUGAGGAAAUGAGUGAGAUUCUCUCAGAUCCCAGUGACGACACCAAAGGCUUCUUUGACCCUAACACCCAUGAAAACCUUACAUACCUGCAACUGCUGGAGAGAUGCACCAAAGACCCUGACACGGGACUGUGCCUGCUAAACCUUGUCAAGAAAGGUGAAGGAUAUGUUCAAACUGAUGAACAAACAACUAGCCUCCUAAAGUCCACCACCACCGACAAAGCAGGUGGCAAGUACCAAGGAAAGACUGUGAGUGUCUGGGAGUUGCUCCACUCUGAAUACAUCACUGAGGAGAAAAGGAGAGAGCUGAUGCAAAAGCUGAAGCAGAAAACUUUGACCAUUGACAAUCUCCUGCAGAUCCUCAUCUCCACCAUUCAAGAGAAGACCGUGACCACUACCAUAACCUCUACCACCAUCGCCACUAUCAGCAGCACCCCUACCACCACAGAAACCACAGUCAAAGGAGCUUUCCAAGGCUUAAGAGCACAGGUCUCUCCUGCGGAACUGCUAAGCUCAAAAAUCAUUGACGAAGAAACAUUUGAUAAGAUUGAUCAGGGCAUAGUGACAGUUGAAGCAGUCAGUCAGCAGGAUUCUGUGAAGAGGUACCUGCAGGGGACAGACAGCAUUGCAGGAGUUUUCAUCCCAUCUACUAAAGCAGGAGUUUUCAUCCCAUCUACUAAAGAAAGAAGGACAUCGAUCCGGUGCACAGCCAUCGAGUGCACAGCCAUCCAAUCUCCUGCAGAUCCUCAUCUCCACCAUUCAAGAGAAGACCGUGACCACUACCAUAACCUCUACCACCAUCGCCACUAUCAGCAGCACCCUACCACCACAGAAACCACAGUCAAAGGAGCUUUCCAAGGCUUAAGAGCACAGGUCUCUCCUGCGGAACUGCUAAGCUCAAAAAUCAUUGACGAAGAAACAUUUGAUAAGAUUGAUCAGGGCAUAGUGACAGUUGAAGCAGUCAGUCAGCAGGAUUCUGUGAAGAGGUACCUGCAGGGGACAGACAGCAUUGCAGGAGUUUUCAUCCCAUCUACUAAAGAAAAGAUGAGCAUUUAUCAAGCAAAAAAGGGGAUUCUGAGACCUGGAACCGCUCUAGUCCUGCUGGAAGCGCAAGCAGCCACGGGCUUCGUCAUUGACCCUGUAAAGAACACAAAACUGUCGGUCGAGGAAGCUGUGGCUGCAGGACUGGUUGGAAGAGAGCUGAAAGACAAGCUCCUAUCAGCAGAAAGAGCCGUCACUGGAUACACUGACCCCUACACUGGAGGCACAAUCUCCCUCUUCCAGUCUCUGAAGAAGGACCUGAUUGUCAAAGACCACGGAAUACGCCUGCUUGAAGCGCAGAUUGCCACUGGGGGUAUCAUCGAUCCGGUGCACAGCCAUCGAGUGCCGGUAGAGGUGGCUUACCAGCGAGGUUACUUUGAUGAGGAAAUGAGUGAGAUUCUCUCAGAUCCCAGUGACGACACCAAAGGCUUCUUUGACCCUAACACCCAUGAAAACCUUACAUACCUGCAACUGCUGGAGAGAUGCACCAAAGACCCUGACACGGGACUGUGCCUGCUAAACCUUGUCAAGAAAGGUGAAGGAUAUGUUCAAACUGAUGAACAAACAACUAGCCUCCUAAAGUCCACCACCACCGACAAAGCAGGUGGCAAGUACCAAGGAAAGACUGUGAGUGUCUGGGAGUUGCUCCACUCUGAAUACAUCACUGAGGAGAAAAGGAGAGAGCUGAUGCAAAAGCUGAAGCAGAAAACUUUGACCAUUGACAAUCUCCUGCAGAUCCUCAUCUCCACCAUUCAAGAGAAGACCGUGACCACUACCAUAACCUCUACCACCAUCGCCACUAUCAGCAGCACCCCUACCACCACAGAAACCACAGUCAAAGGAGCUUUCCAAGGCUUAAGAGCACAGGUCUCUCCUCUGGAACUGCUAAGCUCAAAAAUCAUUGACGAAGAAACAUUUGAUAAGAUUGAUCAGGGCAUAGUGACAGUUGAAGCAGUCAGUCAGCAGGAUUCUGUGAAGAGGUACCUGCAGGGGACAGACAGCAUUGCAGGAGUUUUCAUCCCAUCUACUAAAGAAAAGAUGAGCAUUUAUCAAGCAAAAAAAGGGAUUCUGAGACCUGGAACCGCUCUAGUCCUGCUGGAAGCGCAAGCAGCCACGGGCUUCGUCAUUGACCCUGUAAAGAACACAAAACUGUCGGUCGAGGAAGCUGUGGCUGCAGGACUGGUUGGAAGAGAGCUGAAAGACAAGCUCCUAUCAGCAGAAAGAGCCGUCACUGGAUACACUGACCCCUACACUGGAGGCACAAUCUCCCUCUUCCAGUCUCUGAAGAAGGACCUGAUUGUCAAAGACCACGGAAUACGCCUGCUUGAAGCGCAGAUUGCCACUGGGGGUAUCAUCGAUCCGGUGCACAGCCAUCGAGUGCCGGUAGAGGUGGCUUACCAGCGAGGUUACUUUGAUGAGGAAAUGAGUGAGAUUCUCUCAGAUCCCAGUGACGACACCAAAGGCUUCUUUGACCCUAACACCCAUGAAAACCUUACAUACCUGCAACUGCUGGAGAGAUGCACCAAAGACCCUGACACGGGACUGUGCCUGCUAAACCUUGUCAAGAAAGGUGAAGGAUAUGUUCAAACUGAUGAACAAACAACUAGCCUCCUAAAGUCCACCACCACCGACAAAGCAGGUGGCAAGUACCAAGGAAAGACUGUGAGUGUCUGGGAGUUGCUCCACUCUGAAUACAUCACUGAGGAGAAAAGAGAGCUGUUGCAAAAGCUGAAGCAGAAAACUUUGACCAUUGACAAUCUCCUGCAGAUCCUCAUCUCCACCAUUCAAGAGAAGACCGUGACCACUACCAUAACCUCUACCACCAUCGCCACUAUCAGCAGCACCCCUACCACCACAGAAACCACAGUCAAAGGAGCUUUCCAAGGCUUAAGAGCACAGGUCUCUCCUGCGGAACUGCUAAGCUCAAAAAUCAUUGACGAAGAAACAUUUGAUAAGAUUGAUCAGGGCAUAGUGACAGUUGAAGCAGUCAGUCAGCAGGAUUCUGUGAAGAGGUACCUGCAGGGGACAGACAGCAUUGCAGGAGUUUUCAUCCCAUCUACUAAAGAAAAGAUGAGCAUUUAUCAAGCAAUGAAAAGGAUUCUGAGACCUGGAACCGCUCUAGUCCUGCUGGAAGAAGCAGCCACGGGCUUCAUUGACCCUGUAAAGAACACAAAACUGUCGGUCGAGGAAGCUGUGGCUGCAGGACUGGUUGGAAGAGAGCUGAAAGACAAGCUCCUAUCAGCAGAAAGAGCCGUCACUGGAUACACUGACCCCUACACUGGAGGCACAAUCUCCCUCUUCCAGUCUCUGAAGAAGGACCUGAUUGUCAAAGACCACGGAAUACGCCUGCUUGAAGCGCAGAUUGCCACUGGGGGUAUCAUCGAUCCGGUGCACAGCCAUCGAGUGCCGGUGGAGGUGGCUUACCAGCGAGGUUACUUUGAUGAGGAAAUGAGUGAGAUUCUCUCAGAUCCCAGUGACGACACCAAAGGCUUCUUUGACCCUAACACCCAUGAAAACCUUACAUACCUGCAACUGCUGGAGAGAUGCACCAAAGACCCUGACACGGGACUGUGCCUGCUAAACCUUGUCAAGAAAGGUGAAGGAUAUGUUCAAACUGAUGAACAAACAACUAGCCUCCUAAAGUCCACCACCACCGACAAAGCAGGUGGCAAGUACCAAGGAAAGACUGUGAGUGUCUGGGAGUUGCUCCACUCUGAAUACAUCACUGAGGAGAAAAGGAGAGAGCUGAUGCAAAAGCUGAAGCAGAAAACUUUGACCAUUGACAAUCUCCUGCAGAUCCUCAUCUCCACCAUUCAAGAGAAGACCGUGACCACUACCAUAACCUCUACCACCAUCGCCACUAUCAGCAGCACCCCUACCACCACAGAAACCACAGUCAAAGGAGCUUUCCAAGGCCUAAGAGCACAGGUCUCUCCUGCGGAACUGCUAAGCUCAAAAAUCAUUGACGAAGAAACAUUUGAUAAGAUUGAUCAGGGCAUAGUGACAGUUGAAGCAGUCAGUCAGCAGGAUUCUGUGAAGAGGUACCUGCAGGGGACAGACAGCAUUGCAGGAGUUUUCAUCCCAUCUACUAAAGAAAAGAUGAGCAUUUAUCAAGCAAUGAAAAAGGGGAUUCUGAGACCUGGAACCGCUCUAGUCCUGCUGGAAGCGCAAGCAGCCACGGGCUUCGUCAUUGACCCUGUAAAGAACACAAAACUGUCGGUCGAGGAAGCUGUGGCUGCAGGACUGGUUGGAAGAGAGCUGAAAGACAAGCUCCUAUCAGCAGAAAGAGCCGUCACUGGAUACACUGACCCCUACACUGGAGGCACAAUCUCCCUCUUCCAGUCUCUGAAGAAGGACCUGAUUGUCAAAGACCACGGAAUACGCCUGCUUGAAGCGCAGAUUGCCACUGGGGGUAUCAUCGAUCUGCACAGCCAUCGAGUGCCGGUAGAGGUGGCUUACCAGCGAGGUUACUUUGAUGAGGAAAUGAGUGAGAUUCUCUCAGAUCCCAGUGACGACACCAAAGGCUUCUUUGACCCUAACACCCAUGAAAACCUUACAUACCUGCAACUGCUGGAGAGAUGCACCAAAGACCCUGACACGGGACUGUGCCUGCUAAACCUUGUCAAGAAAGGUGAAGGAUAUGUUCAAACUGAUGAACAAACAACUAGCCUCCUAAAGUCCACCACCACCGACAAAGCAGGUGGCAAGUACCAAGGAAAGACUGUGAGUGUCUGGGAGUUGCUCCACUCUGAAUACAUCACUGAGGAGAAAAGGAGAGAGCUGAUGCAAAAGCUGAAGCAGAAAACUUUGACCAUUGACAAUCUCCUGCAGAUCCUCAUCUCCACCAUUCAAGAGAAGACCGUGACCACUACCAUAACCUCUACCACCAUCGCCACUAUCAGCAGCACCCCUACCACCACAGAAACCACAGUCAAAGGAGCUUUCCAAGGCUUAAGAGCACAGGUCUCUCCUGCGGAACUGCUAAGCUCAAAAAUCAUUGACGAAGAAACAUUUGAUAAGAUUGAUCAGGGCAUAGUGACAGUUGAAGCAGUCAGUCAGCAGGAUUCUGUGAAGAGGUACCUGCAGGGGACAGACAGCAUUGCAGGAGUUUUCAUUCCAUCUACUAAAGAAAAGAUGAGCAUUUAUCAAGCAAUGAAAAAGGGGAUUCUGAGACCUGGAACCGCUCUAGUCCUGCUGGAAGCGCAAGCAGCCACGGGCUUCGUCAUUGACCCUGUAAAGAACACAAAACUGUCGGUCGAGGAAGCUGUGGCUGCAGGACUGGUUGGAAGAGAGCUGAAAGACAAGCUCCUAUCAGCAGAAAGAGCCGUCACUGGAUACACUGACCCCUACACUGGAGGCACAAUCUCCCUCUUCCAGUCUCUGAAGAAGGACCUGAUUGUCAAAGACCACGGAAUACGCCUGCUUGAAGCGCAGAUUGCCACUGGGGGUAUCAUCGAUCCGGUGCACAGCCAUCGAGUGCCGGUGGAGGUGGCUUACCAGCGAGGUUACUUUGAUGAGGAAAUGAGUGAGAUUCUCUCAGAUCCCAGUGACGACACCAAAGGCUUCUUUGACCCUAACACCCAUGAAAACCUUACAUACCUGCAACUGCUGGAGAGAUGCACCAAAGACCCUGACACGGGACUGUGCCUACUUUCAGUAAAGAAAUGACAGAAUAAAUUAGAAGCAUUUCAUUCACUUUAGUUGUUAAUUGGAAUAAUCCUUAACCUAGAGUUUUAUGGUGAAUACCUGCAAUUUUAUUGCAUCUGGUUGAAACUAAAGGCUAUAGUGCUGUGAAAAGCUUUUUGAAGCUUAACAUUUUCUCUGUUCAAUAGAAAUGUACAUUUUUGAUAUUUACUUUUGAAAUAUAAAAUUUUAUUAGAUAUUACUGUAAAUGUUUUGAGUAUUUUUCCUCAAGUGAAGUCUAAGUAUGUUGUUAG